AUGUAUGUCAGGGUCAUGACCCGUACUGCAAGGUCGCUACUGUUUAACUCACUGUCAGUACGAAGACAUUCCUGGAAAGACACGCUGGUGGAUUCUGGACAGUUUUGGAAUAAUAAAAAUGGAUUACCAGACUCUCAAAGUGACGCCAGUAUAAAAGUAAUAAUGCAUCGUUCACAAUCAUCGUUUUUAAGGGCAUGCAGUGUCCAAGGCCUAGAAGACUACGACACACCACGAGCUCCACUCCUGCGCCAAGUCUCCCUGGAUGAGGAACGACGGGACGAGUGCCAGGGUCACUGGCGCGGACCUGAGCUGCAAGGAGAAGAGGAAGAGAGAGGAGUCAGGCUGUUCAGGGCCUUACUGCUGCAGCAUUUGAGGCUGGAGCACCUGAGGCCACCGCCCUGCUAUGUGGCACCAGCUAAACCUGAUCAAAGAGGAUGGUGGAUGUACUGGCGCGACUGGAGGUCUUUGGAGCGCGCGGCUCGAAGGUUCCGGGAGACGAAGGCUCGAGCCCGACUGGCAGCUGAGGCGGAACACAUAUCCCUGCUGUGCCUUGACGAGGUCGAGUUUGAAGACAUCAUGCAGGAGUUGUGUCAGGCCUGUGUCCACACAGAACAAAGAGCUUUAGUAGUUCUAGCGUUUCUUUGUGAAGUAUGUGCUCGAGCCGUGAGGGUCGGGGGAUGGUGCAGAGCAGUCGACUGGGCAGCCAAGCACGUGGCACAGUGCGCCACACCGUGGGCCAUCAAACAUGGAGGAUGGAGCACAGUAGUAGAACGAGCUGGCGGUUCACGACGCGACGAAACAACACUACUAGCCGGUGCGGCGCUCGCGGCAUUACUGGCGUUUCUGCUGUUCUGUCGAGCGCGCCUGCGCACUGCGCUUUAUUAAAACUACCCUCACAUAAAACAGGAUCAGAAAUAACACGCUUAAAGCGACUGGAUUGACAUUGUGAUGGCUGGAAUAUCAAUAUUCUGCCAAUCUGGUUUGACUGGAAUCGAACCCAAAUGUUUUUGAAUUGUUGGUUCUCCAUGGUUGAAACUCCUCAAAACCAGGGUAUGGAGAAGGUGUCUUCAGCAAGAAGUUAUCUCAGAAUGUUUGUAUUUGAUAUGAAUAUAAAGUACUUAGUACAUAUAUUAAAGAAUUAAGAAAUGUUACGUCUAAAUGUGAUGUCUAAGUAUUGUCUAGGAGAUUUUUGGCACAAUUUUUCUUUUAAUUUUGUAACUGUAAUAAUAUUUAGAUUUUUUAAGAAUUCAAUAGUUACGCUUGAUGUAUUUUGCUGGUCUAUACCUAUUUAUACCUAAAAAAGGUCCUUUCGCACGUAUGUCCUAAGCUAGCGGAUGCCAAUAUUUUUAACAAUGAAGAAAAGAACUGAAUUAGGUACGGACCGUUAAACAACUUGAGAUAAAUUAAGCGAACUAAUCUUGUCCGUAUAAACAUGUACUUACGUACAUUGUUUAUAUUAUAACUUUCAUGAAACAUACUAAAUUAAUUAUUAUGUUUUACUCACGUAUUUACGACAUAAGUAAAUUUGAGUGAUUUAAAAAGUUAUUUAUUAGAAUUCAAAAAGAGCUUGUUAUUGUUUCGUGGAUCUGUUAUUGGCAUAAUAAUUUAUUUUUGUAUUAUUUAAUACUAGCGACUCGCCCCAGCUUCGCAUGGGUGCAAUGAUGAUAUAUUAUGCAUGUAUUAUACAUAUAAACCUUCCUCUUGAAUCACUCUAUCUAUUAAAAACCGCAUCGCAAUCCGUUGUGCAGUUUUAAAGGUUUAAGCAUACAAAGGGAAAUAGGGACAGAAAAAGCGACUUUGUUUUAUUUAUUAUACUAUGUAGUCAUUUAGUUUAAUGAAAGACAAUUCUAAACAAAACAAAAUCCUUUUUUUGCGCAGUUAUAAUUUUCUGUACAUUUGGCAAUAAAUAUUGAGUUGUGUUAUAUUAUAGUUAAAUAAUUAAGUUAAUGUUAGUUAGUUUGUGUCUAUCGAUGUCUAUAUUUUGUGAAUGUGUUUAUGUAUGUAAUUAGCUACUAUUUAUUAAGUGUUAGGUUGCCUUGUUGUCCUAGAAUGGAAGAGUGCCUGAUGACUUGAUGAGUAUGAAUUUCUAGUUUCGAUCUGUGGAUUAAAAAGUGUUAUUUGUGUACGAAAAAUUGUCAAAAAAAUGUUUGAACUUAAGUGUUGCUUUUUAUUGAGGAAUUUAUCUGAUUUGUUAGUUUCGUUUUGUAUUAUAUUCACCCAGGAACGCUUGAAAGAUGUCUGAAAUAAUUUGUAUUAUGUUACUUUAGGUUCCUGUAAUAUUUAUUUCUUUCUAUUUAUGAGGACGCUGUAAAUAUAUCUUACUUUCAGAGAAUGAGCAUGACCGUUGAUUUAACUUCAUCCCAUCUCUCUAGAUGGGGUAAGUAAAAGAAUGUGUGCCACAAAUUAGCUUAAAGCCAAAUUAAUGUUACUUAUUAUUUUCCGUUUCAAAUUACUUUCUAUUUCUUUAAUUUUCUAUCACUAAUUUAUUUAUAGAUUUAAAUAAGAAAUAAAAUAUUAUGAUUCGA